AUGGCUAUUCCUGGCUGGCUACGUCGCUUUGAGGUGUAUGCCAUCUGCAUGGUGUGGCCCUUCGCGACUGUUGUGGGACUUGUGGGGACGUACAAAAUAUUUAUUUGGAGUUACGGCGGCCGCGACUGUUUUCGCUACGUGGCCAUUCAAGAGCCGUUUAAGGAACAGUGGUAUCAGGCCAAUCCAAAGACCGCCCUGGGCAUUGACACCCCACUCGCUCAUGUGCCGAAGUAUCUCUCCACACCCGGGCACGCAACGAAUGUGAAUAGUGAUAGUGGAAAGGAAUGGGAGGAGGUGGAACACCUACAUCACCGCAAUUAUUAG